AUAGCGACCGAGUUGAUGUGGAGCAGGGAGGAGACAUCCAGUCAGUGUCAGCAGCAGUGCGCUGGAGACCUUUUGCUGGAAGGAUACCUGGCAGGGAGGGAUCCUUUCUUCAGGCUUCUGAACUUGCGCAAACUGGGCCUGAGCGACAAUGAAAUACAGAGACUUCCCCCUGAGGUUGCCAACUUCAUGCAGCUGGUGGAACUGGACAUCUCCCGAAACGACAUUCCAGAAAUUCCUGAAAGCAUCAAAUUCUGCAAAUCCUUGGAGAUCGCAGACUUCAGCGGGAAUCCCCUCUCCAGACUUCCUGAGGGUUUUACACAGUUGCGGAGCCUGGGCCAUUUGGCCCUUAAUGAUGUGUCCCUGCAGAGCCUCCCUAAUGACAUUGGAAAUUUAGCAAACCUGGUGACUUUGGAACUACGUGAGAACCUGCUAAAGACUCUACCAACUUCACUCUCAUUCCUUGUCAAGUUAGAACAGUUGGAUCUUGGUGGCAAUGACCUGGAAGUACUGCCAGAUACUCUGGGAGCACUACCAAACUUGCGCGAGCUUUGGUUAGACCGGAACCAACUCUCAGUCCUGCCUCCAGAGCUGGGUAAUCUCCGCCGUUUGGUCUGUCUGGAUGUGUCAGAGAACAAACUAGAGCAGUUGCCCAAUGAGGUCAGCGGGCUAGUAGCACUGACAGACUUGCUUCUGUCACAGAACCUGUUGGAAUGCAUUCCAGAUGGGAUUGGUCAGCUGAAGCAGCUCUCCAUCCUCAAGGUGGACCAGAAUCGGCUGACAGAAGUGACAGAGUCAAUUGGAGACUGUGAAAAUCUGUCGGAACUCAUCUUGACAGAGAACAUGUUGACAGCCUUACCAAAGUCCCUUGGGAAGCUGACCAAGCUGACGAACCUGAAUGUGGAUCGGAACCGACUAACAUCCCUUCCAGCUGAGAUUGGAGGCUGUGCCAAUCUGAAUGUGCUGUCCUUGCGAGACAAUCGCCUGUCCCUCCUGCCAGCAGAGCUUGCCAACACCACCGAGCUUCACGUCCUUGAUGUGGCUGGGAACAGACUACAAAACUUGCCGUUUGCUUUGACGAAUCUUAACCUGAAAGCCCUGUGGCUGGCAGAAAAUCAGUCCCAGCCCAUGCUGAAAUUCCAAACAGAGGAUGAUGAAAAGACAGGAGAAAAAGUUCUCACUUGUUACCUGCUUCCCCAGCAGCCUUCUCCUAGCCUAGAGAAUCUUUUGCAGAACAGUGUGGAUGAGAGCUGGACAGACACCAAUUUAAACAGAGUCAGUGUGAUUCAGUUUCUGGAUGAACCCAAAGUGGAUGAUGAAGAGGAGUCUGGAGCUGAGAGACGGGGCCUACAGCGCAGAGCAACCCCUCAUCCCAGUGAGCUGAAGGUUAUGAAGAAAGUGAUUGAAGUUCGUCGCAAUGAGGUGCAUGCUGCAAAACCUGGCACAGACCUGAAUUCACCUAAGUCAGAAGAGAAAAGACUGAGUGCCACAUCAAAUCGCAGCGAGGACUCCCACCUUUCUAACAGCACCGCCUCUGCUGACUUUAGGGGAGAGGAGCAGGGAGAGGAGGGACAAAGGAGCUGGCCAAAUGGGCAGCUGUCUGAGAUGCAGGAGCCGGAGAAGGUGGUAAAGCCAAAAGCUGAAGAGGAGCAUAAAGAAGCAGCUGUCCAAGAGGAGGAAGAUGUAGAAGUGGAAUACAAUGAGCCCACUGUACACUUUGCUGAGGACACACUAAUAAGGAGUGAAGAUGAGGAUGAAGACGAAGAGCGACCAUUCCCAGUGGAGAAACAGAGGCUUAUCCGCAAGGACACACCCCAUUAUAAGAAACACUUUAAGAUAACUAAACUGCCCAAGCCAGAGGCAGUGGUGGCACUCCUACAGGGGCUGAACAGUGAUGGAGUCCCAAAAGAGGAAGAGGAGCUGGGAAAUCGCAAUAACAAUGUGGAGCCUGAGGAUCAAGAGGAAGCAUGGGAUGAGGAUGACAGAAAAAAUGGAGCUUUAUCUGCUCAGCCGUCGGUGAAGGGGGUGUCGUUUGAUCAAGCCAAUAAUCUGCUGAUUGAACCUGCUCGCAUUGAGGAGGAAGAGUUGACAUUGACUAUCGUGCGGCAGACAGGGGGGCUGGGCAUCAGCAUCGCAGGGGGCAAGGGCUCCACCCCCUAUAAGGGUGACGAUGAGGGCAUCUUUAUUUCCCGUGUGUCAGAAGAGGGACCUGCAGCUCGUGCAGGGGUUCGUGUUGGGGACAAGCUUCUGGAGGUAAAUGGCGUAUCCUUGCAUUGUGCUGAGCAUCAUGUGGCAGUAGAAGCUCUGCGUGGAUCGGGAAGCUCUGUCUCCAUGACAGUCCUGCGGGAGCGGAUGGUGGAGCCAGAGAAUGCCAUCACCGUCACACCGCUUCGCCCUGAGGAUGACUACAGCCCUCGUGAGAGGCGAGGUGGCCUACGCUUCCCAGAGCGGCCUGAGGGGACACCUCCCACAGAGAGAUACUCCACCUGCCUUAUGCGCAAUGAGAAGGGUCUGGGCUUCAGCAUUGCUGGUGGCAAAGGUUCCACACCCUACCGGGCUGGUGACACGGGGAUCUUUAUCUCACGAAUUGCAGAGGGUGGUGCAGCCCAUCGGGACGGGAUCCUGCAUGUAGGAGACCGGGUCAUCUCGAUCAAUGGGGUAGACAUGACAGAAGCCAGGCAUGAUCAGGCAGUAGCGCUGCUUACCGCAUCCUCCCCCACCAUCGUGCUGCUGGUAGAGAGAGAGGGUGCAGAGCAGCUCAGCGAGGGAGACUCACCAGGCGUGCCACGAGUGCGCAUGCACUCCCCACCACCACCUCCCAGCCAUGGGGAGAGCCCACCUGAGGAGACACCUUCCUGCAAGGAACUGCAAAGGAACCAUCUGUCUAAAAGCCUGGAGGAUCAAUAUCCCAUUGAGGAAAUACACCUUGUAAAAGCAGGUGGUCCCCUGGGACUCAGUAUCGUAGGAGGCAGUGACCAUUCAAGCCAUCCAUUUGGGAUUCAUGAACCAGGUGUCUUCAUUUCAAAGGUCAUUCCUCGUGGGUUGGCAUCUCGCAGUGGACUCCGUGUAGGGGACAGGAUUCUGGAAGUGAAUAGUAUUGAUCUGCGCCAUGCUACCCACCAGGAAGCAGUGAAUGCCCUACUCUCCAACACCCAGGAGCUGACUGUGUUAGUAAGACGAGAUCCGCCACCACCUGGUAUGCAGGAAAUAUGCAUUGAAAAGGCUCCAGGAGAGAAGCUGGGCAUCAGCAUCCGGGGUGGAGCAAAAGGUCAUGCUGGAAAUCCAUUUGAUCCCACUGAUGAAGGCAUCUUCAUUUCCAAGGUGAGCUCCUCUGGUGCUGCUGCUCGGGAUGGCCGUCUGAAGGUGGGAAUGCGGAUCCUGGAGGUGAAUCAUCAGAGUUUGCUGGGAAUGACACAUACAGAAGCAGUACAGAUUCUGCGAAGUGUGGGUGACACACUCUUGGUGCUGGUGUGUGAUGGCUUUGAUCCCAAGGCUGCAGCUGCCAUUGAGAUGUCUCCAGGAAUUAUUGCAAACCCUUUUGCUGCUGGUAUGGGGCGGAAGAAUAGCCUAGAAAGUAUCUCAUCUAUUGAUCGUGAUUUAAGCCCUGAAGAACUGGAGAUCCUACAAAAGGAGAUGGAAAUGGUGAGAGAAGCAACUCAGUGGGAGAGAGAAGAAAUGGAGAAAGUGGAGUGGAUGCGUAGGGAGCGGGAGGCAGCCACACAGCAACUUGAGGAGGAGGCGGCGGAGAAUAUCACGAGUGAACCUUUGAGACUGGACUAUCGGACCCUGGCUGCUUUGCCCAGCAGUGGCUUACAGAGAGUCAAUCGCACUCUUACUCAGUAUAAUAGGGCCAGCUCCAGAAUGGAGGGUGACUGCGCUAUGCUGUCUCCGCCAGUGGCCCAGGAUAGCCGGGACUCCUCCCCAGAAACAGCUGCAGGCCUGAUCAACAGACGUGUGCCUGGCCUUCCCCAGGACCCUGCAUCACCCAACCAGUGUGCAAGUGGGGCAGAAAAGCCCCAGCUAGACAAGCAGGAUCCCACAGGUUGCCCCCUGUCCCAGGACCAGAUGCCAAAGACGCCAGAGCAAGAGUGUAUGAUCGACUCUCAGCCAAUCCUCUUCAGUGAGAACCCCUUUGUGGUGGCUAACCGAAAGGGGAAAGCAGCAGGCAAGGCUUGUCUGGGGGGCCCACCCCUGGGCUAUGGCAGGGAGGGAGUGCUGAAGACCAACCUUUACUUCAAGGCUCCUUCGAGCGAGUCUGGCACAGGAAUUUCCCGGAGAGAAACCCCCUAUUCUCCUAGUAACCAGCAGACACCUGCAGCCACUCGGCCUGCUCACCUGUCAGGCAGGGAGACCCGCUUUGCUUCCAUUAAUUUCAUUGCAUCACAGGAUGAUAGUAAAUCAACCAAACCAGGUGUCAUUCAGCCUCUUUCUCGAGUGCGUCAAAAUGCUGCCUCACAUAAUUUGGAGGACAGGGACAGCCCCAAUCCUUUCCAGCAACCUGAGCCGUGCUCCAGUAUCCAGAACUCUCCAAAGCCACCUUCACCACCCUCUCCUGACGAGAUUCCCAUCAAUGUCAAGCAAGCAUACAAAACCUUUGCAGCAGUACCCUUGUCACACCCUCUGCUUGAGACACAGGUGCCGAUGCCAAGUGGACUGCACAGCCCCGAACAGCGAUCCUUCCGCGAGAGGCAGAAGUAUUUUGAAGUUGAGGUUAAGCAGCAGCAGAUGGAUAAGCCUCCCAAGCGUGUCUCCUUGGUAGGAGAGGAUGACCUGAAGAAAAUGAAGGAAGAAGAAGCUCGAAAGCUGCAGCAGAAACGUACCCUUCUGUUGGAAGAAGAAGGGGAAGAGGAUGAGAUGAUAAAACAAGUGCCUGAGAUGAGCAUGCAGUCCAGUGUCAUCAUUGAAGGAAUUGAGUACAAGAUUGAGAGACUAAAUGGAAGGAGCAUCCAGCCUCCAGGAACUCGGUCCUCAGAGAUUAAUGAGAACAACAGCUCACAGAGGAAUUCACUGGAAGAGUCAAUGAAGCCUGAACAGAGAACCAACUCUAUAUCUGGGUUGAGUCCAUUAAAUCUUGGAGCAGGGGAUCCAGUGGCACCUGUGCGGACAGCCAAAGCUGAACGGCGGCACCAGGAGCGAUUGCGAAUGCAGAGUCCUGAGCUCCUGAGCAGUCAAGAGAAGGAGCUUUCUCCAGCAGAACGUCGUGCUCUGGAGGCAGAGAAACGAGCAAUGUGGAGGGCAGCACGAUCCUCAACUCUUGAAGACAGUAUUAAACAGUACGAGCAGGAUCUGGCCAGGAAGCUGUACCAGUCCCGACAGUGGGCACCUGCUCCCGGGGCCAGGCCAGCUCAGAUGUCUAGUCCAGUGCAGAGUCACGCCUCAAGAACCCCUGGGUCAGGAAGCCAAUCCAGGAUGAAAUCCCUUGAACAGGAUGCUCUUAAAGCCCAAAUGGUCAUUGCCAAGUCCAAGGAGGGGAAAAAACGCAGCACUCUGGAGCAGCUGGCAGAGUCACCUUCACCUGUUCCUACCCCAUCACCAACACCACUGGAAGAUUGCAGUCCCAGGAACGUCACUUCACCGGGAAGGCUGUCCAUGUCUGAAAAGAAGUUUGACUACCGGGAAUUUGCUGCUAUUCCUUCCUCCAAACCUGUUUACGAAAUCCAGUCACCCGAUGCAGCUGAUGACCUCAGAUACAUAGAUGACAGAAAUAACUCAGUUCCUCAGGAGCACGAUGGGCAGCCAGAGGAAGAGGAAACGUUGCUAACACAUGAUUCAUCAACACCUACUGCAUCAGCACUUGAAGAAAUGGCUCUGUACAGCAGCAAACGCAAACUCCGACACAGCCGGCGCAGUCUGGAGACUGCUGUCCCAACGUAGAUGAUCUGAUGCACCUGGGUGAUAGAAUAGCCCAACACAGGGCUCUUUAACUUCCUGUGCUCCAGGAACAGCACUGCUCCUGGACUCUGGAUGGGAACUGAGCACCCCAGGGAGCAUUGUGGUUAACUAACUUCCUUUAAGGCUGUGAACCACCCUCUUUUCUCACCCAAUAGUGCACUGGGGCAUGUCCUAAACAAAAUGGGACAACACUAGACUAAGACGGCCAAUUGAGAGGAGGUGUGGGUAGGACAGUGGGCAGCUGCAGUUUGUUAGCCUGUAAAUAUUGGGGGGGAGGGAGGGGUUAGGAUGGAGAAUGUAAGAGUGUAAGAGUGUGUAGGGCUCCAGCUGUUAUUUCCUCAACUUGGAUAUUUUUUUAAAUAGUUAAUAUGGGAGCUUCUGCUCUGGUAUGAAUUAGAAGGAAGUUCCAGCCUUUGCUCCCAUUUAAUUUCCAGUCUUUUGCCAAGAAGCAUCUCCUUCCACCUCCCACACUGUGUCACCUCACUUUCUUUUGGGAGUACGUGGAAGUAGGUAGCUUGGAGGCAAAAAGAAAAAAAAAAAGGAAUUUCAGUGAAGUGCCUCCCUCUGACAAUGACAACUGACUCAAGCAAAGACGACUGAACGAGCAGGAGCCUGUGCCAGCUCUAGGAAGCAUCAGCUCCAUUUCACUUGCCUCUGUGAGUGCAGCAAUCUGUCCCAUGUAGGAAACUGCUCCUGAAAGUAUUUUGUGCUAUUCUGGGAGACAGGUACCUACCUAGAGAUACACAUAAUUGUGUGCAUGCAGCGUGAACCACUCUACCUGCAUGCUGUUCUAAGUGUCAGAGGAGGCCAGGUAUCUGUCUUCUGUCCACAUCAUGUCUAAUUUGGUGAACUGCGGCAGAAAUGAGAAAGGAGUUGAACAGGUGUAGCAAGGGUAUAGCAGUGUGCAUGUGUGACAGCAAUAGAGGGCAGAGUAGUUGGGGAUUAGGAUACGGUGGCAGAGGUAGGAGGUGUAAACAGCAGAUAAGGUAGUGGGUUAGGAUUCAGGAAAUGGGGAAGGGUAGGAAAUGGCAUUGCUGGGGUCAAGUUAGGAGUAAUAGGGUCUUACAGAUAGGAGGGUACUAGUAAGUGACUCCAUUGUGUUGCCCACUAGCUGUGAAAUGAAAUGUGAUACUAUGGGGGGUGCUCAGUGUGGGAUUCUCAAGGAGUGCCUGCUAGGCAGGGGGCACAAUGAAGUGAAAUGGAUCUGGCCUAUGCCUUGCAAUAACUACAUGGUUCUGCUCUCUGCCAGCUUGUUGUCUUCAGGCCCCUGCCCACGUAGAACAGGGCAAAUACAUGCAGGAGGAAAAAAUAAAAAUAAAAAAGGAGCAGGGGUGUGAUUCCUGGUUUCCAUGAAAGGGCCAUGAACAGUCUGUAUCAAGUGAGCUCUGCAUUUGUGGAGGAGACUGACACCGCUUAUUGCUCUGAAAUCAGUCUCUGCUGCUCUACUGCCCACUACUCCACUACUGAAGUAAAACAUCCCUUUUUUUUUUUUUUUUUGGUUGUUUUUGUCUGUUUGGGUUUUGUUUGUUUUGGUUUGUUUUUGUUAAUGCCUCCAAUAGAGAGAAAGACAUCUGAACUUGACAGUAGUCUGAUCUGUCUACCCAGAUACAAUGGUGCUCUCUGGUGAACCAGUCCAUCAGUAAGACCAGAGUUGUAUCUUAAGCCUCUCAGUGGCUGGAUGGGGCUUGGGAGUGGCAGGCACUUCUGCUUGUAUAUUUGCUGAAUGACUGGAUGCAUUUUUUUUAUAGUUGAAACUCUCCCUUCAUGCCAAAAUCCAGUGGAUCAUUUUUAACUGACUUCAUGUUUUAAUUUUACAGGUUUUUGAAGGGGGAACUCAGAUAAUCUCAAGCUGCAGCUAUAGCUGCUUCCAUCAUCAGCAAUUUGAGCUUUUCCUUUUUAAAAUCUAAUUUUAGCAUACGCUUUUUAACAAGAGCAAUUUUGGAAACAAUCCUGGAUUGGUUUUGGUGACUAACGUGAUUUUUUUCUUUCCCUUUGUGGUACCUGGUGCCAGGUUCUGGGUUCUCUCCCCUUCUCUCCUGAGAGACUCUGAGGGAAAAUUAGCGCAUCAAGACUGUAACUAGUGAAAUUUGUACAACCAAAGAAAUCUAUUUUGUGGUUCAAGGAUAAUAAAGUUUACUUUACAUUUUAGAACCUUUA